AUGGCGGCUUCACGAGAUCCUCAUGCAGAUGACGAUAACGAUAGCGACGAUGACAAUAUGGCGUACAGGAUUCUCGCUCCUCCUAGUUCCGCCGCUCCGCCAGUGAGCGACGCGUUACUCGCUGCUGUACCGCGCGAUAUCUUGACAGCUCCCAUCGACCCGUCGAAACGGAAUUUACAGUUUAAUCCGACUUACGACCAGCUGUGGACUCCUGUAGUGGGACCCGCGCAUCCUCAUAACGCGGACGGUCGCGCGUUAGGGUUGCGAAACCACCGGCUGGGAUCCGUCCAAGACGCAGCGGUGGACUCUUUUGUCUUUGAUGAACAGUACCACACGUUUCAGGCGUACGGCUACAGUGUUGACCCUGCAAGUGUAAACGGGACCGAGGUCGUGGGCAAAAAAGAGGAGCCCAAGGCGGAGCUGACCGAGGAGCAAAAAAAAUACGCCGAGGAGCAUGCCUUGAAGAAAGCCAAGAAGGAGAGGGGAGACAAGGAGGAGGUGGAAGAGAAGAGUACUUUCCACGGGAAGCAGGAGAAGGACUAUCAGGGGCGAUCGUGGAUUGCGCCUCCUAAAGACGUCCUUAAUCCCGUGCCGCCCACGCACUGCUAUAUUCCGAAGCGGUGGAUUCACACGUGGAGUGGGCACACCAAGGGUGUUAGUGCCAUCCGGUUCUUCCCCAAGUACGGCCAUCUGCUGCUGUCUGCUUCAAUGGACACCAAAAUCAAGAUCUGGGACGUGCCCAACACACAGAAGUGCAUGCGCACAUACAUGGGUCACUCCAAGGCCGUACGCGACAUCUGUUUUGCAAACGACGGGCUGAAAUUCGUCUCGUGCGCUUACGACCGUAACAUCAAGCUCUGGGACACCGAGACCGGGCAGGUCACGGGGACGUUUUCCACGGGUAAAAUACCCUACGUGGUGAAAUUACACCCGGACGACGACAAGCAGAACAUUCUGCUGGCGGGGAUGAGCGACAAAAAGAUCAUGCAGUGGGACACGCGGUCAGGGGAAAUUACCCAGGAAUAUGACCAGCAUUUGGGAGCGGUGAACACGAUUACGUUUCUGGAUGACAAUCGGCGGUUUGUAACGAGCAGCGACGACAAGUCCCUCCGCGUGUGGGAGUUUGGAAUCCCUGUGGUGGUCAAGUAUAUCAGUGAGCCGCACAUGCACUCCAUGCCGGCCAUAGCAGUGCAUCCCAACAAGGCAUGGGUGGCAGCUCAGUCUCUAGACAAUCAGAUCAUCGUGUAUGGUGCAAAGGAUCGCUUCCGGCUCAACAGGAAGAAGCGGUUCGCCGGCCACAUCAUUGCUGGAUACGCCUGCCAGGUCAACUUCUCUCCGGACGGCCGCUUUAUUAUGUCGGGCGACGGCGAGGGCAAGCUGUGGUUCUGGGACUGGAAGACGUGCAAGGUGUUCCGCACAGUCAAGUGCCACGACUCGGUGUGCAUCGGGUGUGAAUGGCACCCCUUGGAGACAAGCAAGGUGGCCACGUGCGGCUGGGAUGGGCUCAUCAAAUACUGGGAUUGA